AUGUCUCUUGUUGUGGGCUGGGAUCAUUUAACAAUUGGGUAUCACAGUGAUUAUGGAUUGGUAUUUCUUGAGAUAGGCAUCGGAGGAAAUCCAUAUGGACUUUUGAACUGUUUGGAUGACACUAUCGGAUACUGUUUGAAUUAUUAUGAUGACACC